AUGAGAUGUGAAUUUCUAGCUGGCUUCCUUCUGCUUUUCAGCAUUUCCAACAAAGGGACGGUCUCCGGAGACAGUAGUAUUAUUUGGGGUGCCUUGGGUCAUGAUAUCAACUUGACCAUCCCUAACUUUCAAGUGACUGAUACUGAUGAAGUCCGAUGGGAAAAGGGGAGAACGCUGGUCGCACAGUUAAAAAAAGAGAUGAAACCUUUUCUGCUAUCGGAAGCAUUUGAGAUCUUGACGAAUGAAACCUUGCGAAUAAAAAAACUGAAGAGAGACGACAACGGCACCUAUAAUGUGAUAGUGUAUGGUGCAAAUGGCAGUAGUAAGCUGCAAAAAGCAUUCGACUUGAGGAUUCUAGAGAGGGUCUCAAAGCCAGAGAUCUACUGGGAGUGCAGCAACACAACCCUGACCUGUGAGGUUGAGAAAGGAACAGACCUUGAACUAAAGCUGUAUCGAGGAAAGAAACUUCUCACCAGCCUCCAUCAGAAGAUCAUAAGAUACACGUGGACCAACCUGAAUGUGCCGUUCAAGUGCAGUGCAAAAAACAAGGUCAGCGAGGAGUCCUUCACAACCACGAUCAGCUGCUCAGAGAAAGAUCUGCAUUUCUAUGUCAUUGUGGGAGCCUGUGCUGGGGGCGUCCUCUUGGUGGUCCUUGGAGCACUGCUUGUUUUCUGUGUCUGCAAGAGGAAAAAGAAGAAUAGGAAGAGAAAAGAUGAAGAGCUGGAGAUAAAAGCCCCCAGAAUGAGCUCUGUGGAAAGGGGCCCGCCACACUCAACCCCAGCUACAGCGUCUCAGAAUCCAGUGGUUUCCCAAGCUCCUCCUCCACCCGGCCAUCAUCUCCAGACACCUGGCCCUCGUCCCUUGCCUCCAAGCCACCGAACCCGUGAGCAGCAGCAGAGAAAGAGACCUCCUCCAUCAGGCACACAGGCUCACCAACAGAAAGGCCCUCCCUUGCCCAGACCUCGAGUUCAACCAAAACCUCCCUGUAGGGGUGGAGAAGAUGCUCCAUUGCCACCGCCUAAUUAA